CUGCAGGCAACAUGAAAACUCUAUCAUGCCUGCUCCUUUCGUGAAACAUCCUGCCAAGUGGAAUACCAUGCUCAGCAUUUAAAGUUCUGAAGUGCAUUGAUGAAAAUAAAGAGAGCAAUGGGAAAUACUAUGAAAACAACAAGAGCCCCGGCAGAAAUAAACGUGCCACCCCAAACUGGUCAGGAGAGCGAUAUCCUUGCUGUCCUCUGUGAUUAUCCCUCCCCGGAUAUAAGCCAGCCAAUAUUUCACACAGGAGAGAAACUACGUGUGAUAUCAGAUGAAGGAGGUUGGUGGAGAGUCCAUUCCCUCACUACCGGUCGAGAAAACUAUAUUCCAGGAAAAUGCGUAGCAAAAGUUUACCAUGGCUGGUUAUUUGAAGGGCUGGGAAGAGAAAAAGCAGAGGAACUUCUACAGCUUCCCGACACCAAGGUUGGCUCCUUCAUGAUUAGAGAGAGCGAAACUAGGAAAGGAUUAUAUUCAUUGUCAGUCCGGCACAGGCAAGUGAAACAUUAUAGGAUCUUCCGCUUGCCGAAUAACUGGUAUUACAUCUCUCCACGGCAAACAUUUCAGUGCCUUGAGGACCUUGUGAAUCACUAUUCAGAGGUACCUGAUGGUCUGUGCUGUGUCCUUACAACACCCUGUCUUGCUCAGUGCACUAACAACAAUGCAGUGAGGAACCAAGAACCGCCUGUGGUGAUGAGGAACAAAAAUUUCAACUGGAAAAACAUUCACAGGCUGCAGAUAAGUAACGAAGAACCAGAAAACACACUGGCCAUGGAUGAUUCCUGUCUCAGCUACGGCCUCAGGGAAAGUAUCGCCUCUUACAUCUCCCUAGCAGGCGAGGACAACUCUUCCUUUCUGAGUAGCAGAAAGAAAAAAAGCCAGUCUCUCAUAUACACUGGAAGCAAACGCAAGAGUACCCUCCAUUUGCCAACUACAUAUUAUGAAGAAUGAACUUGAGACAGAUGCAGUCCACAGAAAAAGAACUGAGUUGUAAGAGCAAACCAUGACCACCAGGCAGUCCUACCACAGCUGAAAGACACAAGCAUACCAGCGGAUGAUCAAAGAGGAGAUUGAAGGAAAUGAAGCCAAAAUUAAUGCUGGUUUUGUGUUUGUACGGAUUUUGAAUGUUAACCAGAUACUUUAAAAAAAAAAACCAUCUCAGCUACUAUGUACAUAAAUAAUAACACUGCACCUUUAAUUUGCUCAUGCACAGGUUAUAAUUUAAGUUGAGAGAGGAACUCUAACUAAAAAAUGAUAAAGUGAAGCAAAUGACUACUCAACAAAAGGUGAAAUCACCACUGCACCAAGGGCCAGAGUGAGGUUUAGGCACCACUUAAGACUCACUUGAGCCUUCAUACUAGGCCUUAUGUUGGCACCAUCCUCAGGAGUGAAUAUCACACAGUGUUAUUAGAAAAGGAUGGGUUUGCUGUUCAUCACCUUUUCUGUGUCAUUAGAAGACUCUCAGCAAUAAGGCUAUUCUCUUCUGGAUGCAAAGUUAUUUCCAUCUCUGCUGCAGAGAAAUCAGAAACUCACUGGCUCCCCAAAGACAAUUAAAACGCAGCUGGUAUCUAACUUCCAAGAACUGUUUUGGUGACACUGAAUCGAGACUGAAUUUCAUCUUCUUGGGAAAAAAAACAAAACAAACCUGCUCUUCGCAAUGGUUUAACUCAGCUGCUGGCAAUGCCAAGUGAAAUCACAAGACAGAGCAAUCUUGGAGUUGUUCUUCGCAGUGAGCUAAACGGCUUCAAAGUGGAUACCUGGGUGUAACAGAGUAGAAUUCAGCUGCUCAGGCCCAAUCUAGUAAUAUACACCAGGAAAUGUUUUAAAAUGACAUUUAAAGUAUGCUCAGAUUAGGUCCUACAGUCAUAGUGAGUUGCAGUAUGUCUGAAAUUUGUGUGAAAGUGCUCAGAUUUCAACUUAAUUUCUUGAAGGCUACAUAUAUUUAUGUAUAAUAUUUAUAUUAAAUGCUUUUUAUUUCUAAACUAUAUAAUAGUUUAGCAGCAACAGGUACAAGAGAUUUUUUUUCUGAACAUCUUUUCUGAAAAGAUACAUGAAAUAGCAAUAAGAGAGGGGUUCCCAAACUUUUUAACUGCAUAACCCCAUUUUAAUGAAGUAUUUCCUGCCAGGACCCCAGGCAGGAUGGAGGUCACACCACAGAGAGGAUACCAUUUUGCUCUACAAAAUUGCGUCCUCAGCACACUGUGACCUCAUAUGUAUGGUGCAUGCAAAGUCUCUUUGUGCAGAGGAUGCCAUUUAGUUGAGCAAAAUGGCAUUCUCCACGCAUUGUGACUUCACACACACUGUACAUGGGAGGUCAUGCUGUGCGGACCAAAAUGGAAUCCUCCGCAUGGUAGGGAUGGCCAUGACCCCAUCGGCUAAUGGCACGACCCCAUUUAGGCUCGCAACCCACAGUUUGGGAACAGCUGCAAUCAGAUAUUACCUAAAGCCAUCUAGUGACAAAUAGAUUGAACCAUCAUGGACUAGAGUAUCUUCUGAUGCACAUGUAUCUUUUCUGUAGGUCUGUAAAUGAAAUAACAAUUUGGCCCUUUGAACCCUGACUCUCCAGUGCCUUCAGCUUCAAGGGAGUCAUUUACCCCUGUAGGAAUAAAACUGUACCAUCCAUGUACAUGAAUUGAGAAUUUUGACUUUAACACAGCCACUCUGCACAGGUCUAAAUGACUAUCCAAGGUAGGGAUCACUGAAGAACUGGGUCCUUUAUGGAUAUCUUCUGUACU